AUGACCAUCCACCGCAUUACCUUGUUCAACAUCCCUAAACCGGAAAAUAUUGACAUCCUCUUGGCUGAAUAUCGUCAACUAGCUCAUGAAGCAACCAGGAAUUUAGAGCCUUAUAUUCUCUCCGUUCAAGCUGGUCGCACUUUGCCCGAUGCACGAACCAAGGGCUAUACGCUAGCUGUGAAGACAACCUUCCGCAAUCUGGAUGACAUGAACUUUUACGAUUCGGCCUGUGAGGCACACAAGCGUCUGAAGUCGGUGGCAGCAUCUCUUAGAGAGGGUGAUGUCUUCACUGCCUAUUUCGAAGAUGAGGUGGCAUUGGCUUAA